UUAUUCGGUUGUCUGGGGUUCUUUUUAUCCUGUAACUCCCUGGACAGUGAAGCAAUUAUUGGACCAGAGUGGACUUUUAAUUUUUACUCUCAGCCUGGGGGGCUUUACUCAAUUGCCCCUUUUAGGAAGAACAUUUCUAUUUGUUUGUUCUGAUAUUUUUGUUUGGUGAAGGGGUCGUUUCAUCCCUGAAGAAUUACCGGAACAUUUCUGCAUCUGUGCGUGAAACAGAGUUUGUGUUGGUGGAGGGGGAUGCCUUUGGAUGUGGUGAUCGCCCCAGCAGAGGACUGCUUUUGGCCAGAUCUGCAGGACACAGACAUGAGGCUAAAGAUCAGAGUCCGCCGGAUGAAGCAGGGAAGGGAGCUCAGAGGAGGCUUUGCAGCUUUCUCCUCCUGUUUCCCUGGCCUGUGUGAGGGGAAGCCAGCCACUGCUCUGCCAAUGAGCUUGUCCCAGCCAUGUCUGCCAGUGGCUAACGUAGGACUCACUCGCAUUCUGCCACACCUUUACCUGGGUUCACAAAAAGACGUUCUUAAUAAGGAUCUGAUGGCUCAGAAUGGGAUAACCUAUGUGCUAAAUGCCAGCAACACCUGUCCCAAGCCAGACUUCAUCAGCGAGAGUCAUUUCAUGCGCAUCCCAGUUAACGACAGCUACUGUGAGAAACUGCUUCCCUGGUUGGACAAAACGAAUGAAUUCAUAGACAAAGCAAAGGUGUCAAACUGCAGAGUCAUUGUGCACUGCCUGGCAGGAAUCUCACGUUCAGCAACCAUUGCCAUCGCAUACAUCAUGAAGACAAUGGGCUUAUCAUCAGAUGAUGCCUACAGGUUUGUAAAGGACAGGAGACCAUCCAUAUCCCCAAACUUUAACUUCCUGGGUCAGUUGCUGGAGUUUGAGAAGGGUCUACGAUUACUCCAAGCUUUAACCACUGAUGACAACAUCUCUGAAAACAACACUAAACAAAGCUCUGAGAUUAACGGGGUCACCACAGGUUUCGAGAUGAAUGGUCACCAAACCAACUUUGACUCAAACAGGGCAGAGACGCACAUCCCACCAGAACCCAAGCUUCCAUCCCCCACCUCCCUCCAGCAAGGCUUCAACGGUCUGCACCUCUCUGCAGAGAGGAUUGUGGACACUAACAGGCUCAAACGCUCCUUUUCCCUGGACAUUAAGUCAGUGUAUUCUCCUAACAGUAUGCACUGCCCCAGCAUGGCACCCAACCAUUCUGAAGACAUCCCCAAGCUUUGCAAACUUGACAGCCCUGGAUCAGGCACCACCAAUGGGGUCUGCUCUCAGUCACCCGUCCUAGAUAGCCCCAGCUCUUAUGAUUCUCCAUUCCCUUCGCCAAGCAAUGGGGGAAGCAUAGGAGGUUUGGGGCUUGGUGGAAAUGAAGGAGUCCAUCGAUCUGGUACCUCCUCAUCCAGAUCAAGGAGGAAAAAUAAGCACAACUGUGGAAGUUCUCCAGUCCACACCCAUACAAACCAAGCUCCUCAGUCCCUCAGCUUGUUGCUUGACCACAAGAGCCCUAGUCUGGAUGACAACCUAAAGGGGUCUGCGCUUCUCUCACUACCGUCCCUGCCCACUGUGGGGUCUGAGGCCAUGUGGACCAAACACAGAGACACUGUUCAGGCUACCACUCCAGUUACUCCGGUUACUCCAACCACAGAUGCUCCCUGGCAUUUUGGUGCAGAGGAAGGUGGUGAGGGAGCAAUGGAGUUGGGAGGAGGCGAUGGAAGGGGAGAAGAGUCAUCACAGAGGUUCGGGAGCAGCUCAGCAUAUGUGGCGUUUGGGUGCAGCGAAAGUGUAAGGUUACGAGAAAAAUCCCAGCGGGAGAAGUCCUUGGCACCACAGACACAGAGAGACCACUGGGACUCAACGUCAUCAUCAGCAGUGACCAACAGUGCAUCUUCAUCUGAAAAACAGUUCAAGCGACGCAGUUGUCAGAUGGAGUUUGAUGAGGGCAUCUCUGAGACGAGAUCCAGAGAAGAACUGGGGAAGAUUGGAAAGCAGUCGAGCUUCUCUGGAAGUAUGGAGAUCAUUGAGGUGUCCUGACAGAUAAGGGGCAUUUUCAGAGCUGUCCCUUGGAGGCCAACAUGGACCUGUUCAAAGGGAGUGCAAGAAGAUAACUUAUGAAGUGGAACAAAAGACGUUUUUGUGCUCCACUCACUCAGUGUUAAAGACUCCAACUGAGGGAAGGACAAUUGUGAGCUGAUAGUAAAUGUGAAAAGGUAGCAAACUAGGACAGCCUGGACAGACAGAGCUUCAGAUGUGCUGCUUAGCUAAAACCACCCAUUCUGAACACCUCUAUGAAAUCUGAGGAAAAGCCUCAGAAAGAGGGAGGUAAAUGGGGUUGACUGCUGGUACUGUGUGUUUAAAUGUCUAUGAGCUCUGUCACUGAUUUAAAAAAUACUCCCAGGCAAAUGUCAUGUUGCAUCCUUGCAUCCUAAAUGUAUAGAAUUCCCUGAAUUUUGACAGAGCUCAGACAAACUAUUUGCCUGUGGUCAAAUGUACUGUGCUUCAGUGGGAGUGUAGCUUGUGAUUUUAACCCUCCCAAUGCUUCACCCCUGUGUCAGAGAGCCUCAGAACCAUGCACGGCCACAUCCACCCACCUCCCCUGAGGCUCAACCUGCCCCAAAUGCUGCAAACAUUGACGACAAUGGUGGACUCCUUAACAGUACAGUCUUCUCACAUCCUCUCAGCACAAGGUGGAGCGAUCCUAAGAACUUUCACAGAACGACGGUACUGCUUUCUAAUAAUGAAGAAUCUUCAGCAUUUUGUUGACAAAAAGACUGAUUCAAAGAUUCAUCUUGAUGGAUAACCACCUCCCUACCUUCUUUAAAAAAAGCACAGAGGGUUUUUUCCUGCGUGAUAGGACUGAAGUUUGGGGAUUCUCCCUCCCAUUGAACCCAGCCACCACCCACGAUCAUCAGUGAGCAUGCAAAUGAAAGGCUGACUCCAGACAGACAAAUACUAUAUAUACAAUAUGAAUAUAUAUAUAUAUAG